AUGAAACAUCUCGCAGAGGGUACCACCAGCGGAGCACCCGCACGGCUUUCGUCUAUCGCCUCGGCAGAGCUUCAACGGCCCCUUCUUAACCACGAUGACAAACCAUUAUUAGCGAGCUCGAGCACACAUUAUCACGAGGGCUUAACCACAACCUCGCUUCCGAGUGGAGGCUCCCGACUUGAAAAUUUGGAGGCAGAGCAACAGACUGCUGAGACUGCAGCCACGGCAAAGCUAGCCGGCACGUCCACCGCUCCCCGCCUCUCACAUCCUCCAAUCAGCUAUUUCCCAGCUUCUGAUCUGGAUCAAGCUCCCAACGACCCUACAGCCGCCCUCACCUCCACGGCGGUUUGGGCGUUUGUUGUGCUUUUCGUACUCUGGAUCCGGGCCAGUUGGGACGAGGCAGUACUGUACGAUAGUCCAAAGAUCGAGCUAGCCCUCCUCCUCAUCGUACUCUUCCUGCAAGCCGUCCCGCGAAUUUUGGAAAGCGCCCUUCAGCCCUUCGGCGAGCUGCCCGACUUGUGGUACUUCACCGCUAAGCUACAGCCGCUGCUGCUGCUUAGCUUCUCUGUCUACUCCGCCUUCUUUCUAUCUAAAGGUGAGCUCCUCAGUGCGCUACAGAACGUGGUGGUGCUAGCCUUCGUGGCUUCCUUGGAUACGGAGCUUCUAGAACAGUUCGUGGGCUGGCGUUUUGGCGGCGGCGGAGCGGAGGGGGAAGAGGGGGAGGAUGGGAAAGGGAUGCUGUGUGUUUUGCGGUCGGAGGACGCGUCGGUGGCGGACAAGUGGGGGGUGCUCACGCGGGGGCCAUGUGGGCUCGGAAUCCUGGAUCGGGCGCCGAAGAAGCUGGCAGCAGCAGCAGCGGUGUCGAAGGCAGCUAAGGAGUACGGACAGUUCCCUCUCUUAUCUCAAGCCUCUUCCGUCAUCUCCCAGCGGAUCUUCUCCAUUUUCCACCCGUACACUUUCGUACAUUCGUACAGGCAAUCUCGGGAGUUGAGCAUCGCGUUUGUCGGUGACGGCGACGCGUGCUCGCGCCUAGAGCCUGUCUGUACGGCAGUGAAUCUGCAUGUGUGCGUUUUCUCAUGGGCCGAUGUCGGCGAGCAAGUGGUGGAGGAGUGCUGGCGGCGCAGUGCUGGAGGCGCCGGGGGCGGCAGCGGUGGCGGGGGCGACAGCCGUACGGCAUUGCCGCCGUUGUCAUUGCUCGAGGGUCAGGUCCCGCGUGCCAGCGGCGGCAGUGGCAGCGGCGGCAGCAGCCGUCGCCGCUGCGACGGAGGCGGUUGUGCUGCCCCUGUUUUGGCCUCUGGCGCCUGUUUGGAAUGGUUUCUACGCGGCAUGUCGCAGCAGCAGUGGGCUGAUGAACUUGACAGUGCCACCCGGGCUGCACUAGUGCGGUGCUUCCCGGAGUACGUUGAACGCUUCCCGCUCUUGAGCCCUUUCGACGGGGACUUUCGCGAUUUGAACCUGGGUCCCCACCAUGUGCGUGCCAUCGCUGAGAUGCUUACACACAGUCCAGACAUCUCAAUACUGGAUCUUUCAGGUAAUCCCAGCAUCGGCGACGCCGGCAUUCUUUACCUUGCUGAGGCGCUCAGGUUUGCGCCAAGUUUGGACGAGUUGAUACUCGACGACGUGGGAAUGAGCGAUGCGGGCGCACGUGCCCUGUUGGACGUCCUCUCUGCCCAACCAGCUGCGCUGCGAAUGCGACUGAGUGCCGCAGCCAACCAAGCGGUUUCGGAGUCACUGCUGGCGGAGCUGCACGGCAAGGUGGCGUUGCCGGCGCAAUUGCGACGAGGCGGCCGUACACGUCGUCGCCACCGCCGCCGCUGCGGCAGCAACGGUGGUGGUGACGGCUGCGACGGCUAG